UAUGGCUGCCCUGUGUUAGGGCCAGCUGUGUGGUGUUUCGGUGUGAUUUGUUAGCUCCUUGCGGCAUUGUAAUCGGCUCACGAUUUCGAAAUGCAAAAAAUCAAAUCUCUCAUGACCCGACAGGGUCUAAAAAGCCCUCCGGAAAGCCUCAGCGAUUUUGGUGCUCUUGAGAAUCUCCGGGUGCCUGGAAAGGAGGAAUUCAGGGAACUUCGGGAGCAGCCAAGUGAUCCUCAAGCUGAACAAGAGCUAAUUAAUAGUAUUGAACAAGUGUAUUUUUCUGUGGACUCAUUUGAUAUUGUUAAAUAUGAGCUGGAGAAGCUCCCUCCUGUUCUCAAUUUGCAAGAAUUAGAGGAAUACAGAGAUAAAUUGAAACAGCAACAAGCUGCAGUCUCUAAAAAAGUAGCAGAUUUAAUCCUUGAAAAACAGCCUGCUUAUGUAAAGGAACUUGAAAGAGUUACCUCUUUACAGACCGGUCUCCAGUUGGCCGCUGUAAUCUGCACAAAUGGGAGACGGCACUUGAAUAUUGCAAAGGAAGGGUUUACUCAAGCUAGCUUGGGCCUUCUUGCAAAUCAGCGGAAACGUCAGUUGCUGAUUGGACUUCUGAAGUCUCUAAGAACUAUAAAAACACUGCAAAGAACAGAUGUACGUUUAAGCGAAUUGCUAGAGGAGGAAGACUAUCCAGGGGCUAUUCAGUUGUGCCUGGAGUGCCAGAAAGCUGCCAGCACUUUUAAACAUUACAGUUGCAUAAGUGAGCUGAAUUCAAAGCUGCAAGAUACUUUAGAACAAAUUGAGGAACAACUGGAUGUAGCCCUUUCCAAAAUCUGCAAAAAUUUUGAUAUCAGUCAUUAUACCAAGGUUCAACAAGCUUAUCGUCUUCUUGGAAAAACACAGACUGCAAUGGAUCAGCUUCAUAUGCACUUCACCCAAGCCAUUCAUAAUACUGUGUUUCAAGUUGUCCUUGGUUAUGUGGAACUAUGUGCAGAAAACACAGAUACAAAAUUCCAGAAACUACAAUAUAAAGAUCUUUGUACACAUGUUACACCAGAUAGUUAUAUUCCUUGCCUUGCGGAUCUGUGCAAAGCACUCUGGGAAGUUAUGCUGAGCUACUACAGGACGAUGGAAUGGCAUGAAAAGUAUGACAAUGAAGAUACUACUUCAGCUUCUGAAGGAAAUAAUAUGAUGGAUACUGAAGAAACUAAUUUUGAUCGUGGAUAUGUAAAAAAGAAAUUAGAACAUGGACUUACGCGAAUAUGGCAGGAUGUUCAGCUAAAAGUAAAAACCUACUUACUUGGAACUGAUUUGUCUAUAUUCAAAUAUGACGAUUUCAUCUUUGUUUUGGAUAUAAUCAGCAGGUUAAUGCAAGUUGGAGAAGAAUUUUGUGGUAGCAAGUCUGAAGUUUUACAAGAAUCUAUUAGAAAACAAAGUGUCAAUUAUUUCAAGAACUACCAUAGAACACGGCUUGAUGAACUGAGAAUGUUCUUAGAGAAUGAGACCUGGGAACUUUGUCCUGUUAAGUCGAAUUUCAGUAUCCUCCAACUUCAUGAAUUUAAGUUCAUGGAGCAGUCUCGUUCCCCAUCAGUUUCACCUAGCAAGCAGCCUGUUACAACAUCAUCCAAGACAGUGACUUUGUUUGAACAGUAUUGUAAUGGUGGAAACCCAUUUGAAAUUCAGACCAACCACAAAGAUGAAGAGACAGAAGAUGUCUUGGCUUCUAAUGGGUAUGAAUCUGAUGAACAGGAAAAAAGUGCCUAUCAAGAGUAUGACAGUGACAGCGACGUCCCUGAGGAACUCAAGCGAGAUUAUGUGGAUGAGCAGACAGGGGACGCUCCUGUGAAAAGUGUUUCUCGAGAAACCCUAAAAAGCAGGAAGAAAUCAGAUUAUAGUCUAAAUAAAGUGAAUGCACCUAUCUUAACAAAUACAACGUUGAAUGUAAUAAGACUUGUUGGGAAAUACAUGCAGAUGAUGAACAUUCUUAAGCCAAUUGCCUUUGAUGUUAUCCAUUUCAUGUCUCAGCUAUUUGAUUAUUACUUGUAUGCGAUAUAUACCUUUUUUGGUCGGAAUGAUUCAUUGGAAUCAACUGGCCUUGGCCUUAGUAGUAGUAGACUAAGGACAACUCUAAACAGGAUACAGGAAAGCCUUAUCGAUCUGGAAGUUUCAGCUGAUCCUCCUGCCACACUCACAGCGGCAGAAGAAAGAAAGGAGAAGGUUCCCAGCCCUCACCUCAGCCACCUUGUGGUUUUGACAUCUGGGGAUACAUUGUAUGGGUUGGCAGAAAGAGUGAUCGCCACAGAGUCCUUGGUGUUCUUGGCUGAACAGUUUGAGUUUCUUCAGCCACAUCUGGAUGCUGUGAUGCCUGCAGUCAAGAAGCCCUUUCUGCAACAGUUCUAUUCUCAGUAUGUUAGAUAUGCCAACGUCAAGAAGUGCAGUAAUGAGGGUCGUGCCUUGAUGCAGUUGGACUUCCAGCAGUUUUUAAUGAAACUUGAAAAACUAACGGACAUCAGACCGAUUCCUGAUAAAGAAUUUGUGGAAACCUAUAUCAAAGCCUACUACCUGACUGAAAACGACAUGGAACGCUGGAUCAAAGAGCACAGGGAAUAUUCAACGAAGCAGUUGACCAACCUGGUAAAUGUUUGCCUGGGAUCCCACAUCAAUAAGAAAGCCAGACAGAAACUUCUAGCAGCUAUAGAUGAUAUAGACAGACCUAAAAGAUAAUGAACACGGCAGUACCUGCAUCAUGGCGGCAGCCUUCUCUCAGUGUAUGACACAAAAGCCAGUUUUUCAUGCACUCUUAACAGUUAUUUGCUCAGAAAACUUUGUGCAUGUUCUUCUCAACUGGAAAAUGGAAAACACUGAAGUAUGUGUGAUGGUGUUCUCAAAUGACUUUUGUACCCAUUGGUCUCCUCUCUUCAAGUUUUGGUCCCACCUGUUGUAAUCCUUUCCUGAAAUGCUAUUAUUGCUUCAUUAAUAACUAUUGGUAUGUGACUACAGUUAUAUAUUUUGCAGAAGAAUGUAUCAUAGAUAUAUAGCUAGAAGAAAUAGUGGCUAAUAUAUGUGUGAACAGUUUUUGGAGAAUGAAUUGAUGUUGACUCUUUUUAUCCCUUGAAUGUGGUUCUUAAUAAGCAUGAGAGGAUUAAUGUACAGUAUUUCAUAAUUAUGAGCACUGCAUGAAUAUUACAAAGCGCAUGUAAGUAAAAUAGUUGAAAAAUCAGUAUAUUCUGUUUUUAAAUGUCAAAAGUUUAUGUCAGAGUUAAUUUGGAUAUAAAAUGAUCAUAAAUGAUAAAAUUUAAUAAAUACUAUACUCUAAAAUGAUCA